CAGGAUGCAGCUAACACCUCUCUGCCUGAUGCUGUCCUGUCUUCAGGUGAGCCCUGACCGGUCUCAGUUCUUCAGGUACGACACCAUCUCUCUGAGCUGUGAGGAUGGGUUGAACUCCACCGGCUGGAAGGUGAAGAGGAAAACGUUGGAGGGGGGGGUCAGACCCUGCUCCUCCGGCUGGGGCUCCAUCUCCUCGGGCUCCACGUGCAUCAUUGGAAACAUCUACCCGUCAGACAGCGGGACGUACUGGUGCGAGUCUGUGGACGGGGAGCAGAGCAACAGUGUCAGCAUCACCAUCACUGAUCGUUCUGUGAUCCUGGAAAGUCCUGUCCUCCCUGUGUCGGAGGGAGCUGCCGUGACUCUGCGCUGCAAAGCUGAGACCAAGUCCCCCGACCACGUGUUUAACUUCUUUAAGGACGACCACCUCAUUGGCAGCAGCGCCACAGGAGAGGUGACCAUUCACAGCGCUAACAAAUCUGAUGAAGGACUCUACAAGUGCAGCAUCUCUGGAGGCCAAGAAUCGACCACCAGCUGGCUGUCUGUCGACGCGUCACUUCCAUCUUCACCUUCACCUCCACCUCCACCUUCACCUUCAGCUUCAGCUCCUCCUGCAGCUUCAUGUUCAGUUUCUGUCCCCAGACUGAUGUGUCACCUGCUGGUGGGCGUUCCUUACCUACUGUCCACCAUCUUGCUAGGGCUCAUAUACAGGGACAGGAAGAGAGCAGCUCAGACACUUGCAGAGAGAAGAGGCAGCAGCGACGUCAUCAUGGAAGUUGCUGUAUAGCUCGACAAACCAGAAGCAAGCGGCCAAGAAACUGUGCGUCGCUGCACCACAGGAGUUUUUACAAGCAUCAGCUGAUGUAUCUGCUGUGUUGGAUGUUUGAAAGCAGCAGGUCCAGCAGCAGAGAUUGUAGUAAAAAGACUUUCCAAAGCCGUGUUACCUCUCAGCUGUAAUGAACUUGCCAUGGUCACGAAGUGCUGACAGAAUAUGAACGACCGUUACCGCACUUCCUGUCCUCUUUCCUCCUCAGAAAUAUCAGAAAUAUCUUUGUGUGGUUUCAGUUCCACCAGCCUGGACGACUAAACAGGUCGUCUGUCAUUGCCCACUAAAAGGUGCAGACAGGUGACAGGUGAAAGGAAAAGCCAGCGUUCUCAGUGAGGCGCUGGGCUAGAGUCUCUGGACUCUACUGGAGCGAUGUUUGGAUGAUGGUGGUGGACAGUGCUGCCCAAAAUCUCCCAUCGAUCUGAAGUCUGUAGCAUGUGACCCCUCAUCAUCCACUCAUUCUCCAGGUUUUUCUUUUAAUAUGUCACCGUGUGUUUAAGAGCAUUACAAAAAGAACUGCUCUGACUCCUCUGUGGUCAGUGCUCAGGUCAGAGAAUUAUCUUCAUUAAACGUAGUCAGCAUCAGGUUUUGAUGUGCAUCAAACUCUGAACAGUCACGACUGAAUAACAGGGUGGGACAGUGUAUGCAGGUGUUGAAUGGUAACAGAUUCUAUUGUAUAAUUCUUGUGUUAAAUAAUGCUGUUGAGUGUGAAAAGGAAGUGGAGGCACCAAGAUGUCAUGAGACUCGUUUGUGGUUUGGUCUUCUAACUUUUUUUCUUCAUGAAAACGUGUGCGAGGUGUGAAGUUUUAGCUCAGUGGUUUUUUUUUUCUUCUGACAUCUGAGAUGCACAUGUGAAACAAAUAACUUCUGUAAAUAACAUUUCAGUUUUAUUCUUUUCUCACUCUCUAAUUCUUCCAUAAUAUAAAUGUUACUUUACGUUACAAACAGGAAAAGCUCAAACCUUUUACCAAUUGUCAGUGAUUUAGUGAAGCGGCCCUCUGUGCCUGUGUGGUCGGCUGCGGUGACAUUAAAUGUACUGAAACUA